AAAACCGUUAUCAACGAGUAACAUUCUUGCUCUUGUUCAUAUAUAAUCAUACGUUACAUAUAACAUGUUAUUGAUAAUUGGAAUCUAGUCAUUACUUUUGAUUCGAGAAAUGAAUCACUAGUGUAUAUAUAAAAUGUUGUAUGCAUCACGUUGGCCAGGUGAUAAUAUUCAAAAUGGAGGAGCAGCAGACUGACAGUAAGAAAAGAAAAAUCCAUCCCAUAGAUCGAGGAAAUCCAUUCUACAAAUAUUUCUUCUGCUGGCUACUUCCUUAUUUAUCUAAGGGCCUUAAGCGGGAGAUAGACGAAGAUGACAUGUACGAAACCAGACGAUCCCAGCAAUCCAAAAAACUGGGGGAGAAACUAGAAGCCAUAUGGAAUGACGAAACAAAAAAAGACGAGCCUUCUCUGCUCUUAGCAAUCUUUAAGGUAUUCAAAACCGAAAUAUUCUUUUAUGGGGGAUUCCACGUCUUCGCAGAAUCUUUGAGGCUGUGCCAACCCCUACUAGUAUCCAAACUGGUAUCUUUCUUCGCCCCUGACGCUUCUCCAGUCGAUAAAACAGAGCUCUACACUUACGCCGCCUUGACUGUCCUAAUGUCGUUCGGACACGUCUGCUGCGUCCACAACUAUCAGCUGUGGGUCAUGGCCUUGGGCAUGAAAAUAAGGAUAACGGCCUGUUCGCUUAUCUACCGCAAAGCUCUCAGACUAAGCAAAUCGGCGUUGGCCGACACCACCAUUGGUCAGAUGGUCAAUUUGCUAUCCAAUGACGUCGGGAGAUUUGAUUUUGCUGCCCAGCACCUGCACAACCUGUGGAUAGCACCUGUUGAGACCAUGGUUGUCAUGGUGCUGCUGUAUUUUUAUGUAGGACCGACUGGAUUAGUGGGGUCGUUCUUCCUGUUGUCCUUCAUUCCGAUCCAGAUGUACAUGGCCAAACUAACCUCGAGAUACAGGCUCAGAACUGCCAUUCGUACCGACGAGCGAGUGCGUCUAAUGAACGAAAUCAUCACUGGGAUACAGGUCAUCAAAAUGUACACUUGGGAAAAACCUUUCGCCAAACUAGUGGAGCUCGCCAGAUGGAAAGAGAUGGAACAGAUAAAAGCUACAUCGACCAUACGUGCCAUAAUGAUGUCAUUCAAUAUGAUGUUGAGCAGAGCAGCAAUUUGUCUCUGCAUCAUUACCUACGUACUUACAGGCAAUACUUUAACUGCUUCUUACGCUUAUACAAUCACCGCCUUCUAUGUCAUACUGAGGACCUCAGUUACCAUGUUCUUUCCACAAGCCAUCACGCAAUUCGCAGAGACCAAGGUGUCAAUCAACAGAAUCCAAAAAUUCUUGCUAGCUGAUGAACUGAAGAAGCAGGAGGUUGUCAGUAGUAAUGGGGUUAAUAGUGAGACUCCUAAGCACCCCGCUCAAGGGGUGCAUUUAAAAGAGGUUUCUGUUAAAUGGAUGAAGUCAUCACACGAGAACACUCUACACAACGUCAACUUCGAUCUUAGCCAAAACCAAUUGGUAGCCGUGGUAGGUCCAGUAGGUGGGGGUAAAUCGACCCUGCUCCACGUUAUCCUGAGAGAGCUACUACCCGUCUCAGGUUCGAUAUCAGUAAAAGGUACCAUAUCCUAUGCUUCUCAGGAACCUUGGUUGUUUGGUGCCAGCGUCAGGCAAAACAUCCUAUUCGGUCAAGCCUACGAGGAGAAAAGGUACGAAGAGGUCCUGAGGGUUUGCGCACUUCAGAGAGACAUCACCCUUUUUCCUUACGGCGACAGAACCCUAGUGGGAGAAAGAGGGGUAUCUCUGAGUGGAGGACAAAGAGCUAGGAUCAACCUGGCCAGGGCUGUGUACAAAGAAGCUGACAUCUACUUGCUAGACGAUCCUCUGUCAGCUGUAGACACUCAUGUAGGCGAACAACUCUUCAACGAAUGCAUCUGCGGGUACCUGAGCAACAAGUGUGUGGUACUGGUGACCCAUCAGCUGCAGUACCUGAGUAACGCCCACCGCAUCUAUCUACUGGAAAACGGUGAGGUUAGAUCCUCGGGUACCUACCAGGAGUUGAAAGCUACUGAUAGCGACUUCACCAAGCUUCUAGAGGAGUCCGAGGAAGAGGUUAAGAAGGAAGUGGAACGUAAAUUAUCGACUAUGAAUGUUGAAGAAAAGACCAAGCAAGAGGACAUGCCUGUGAUUACACGAGAAAGAGAGACUAGGGCCCAUGGUACUGUUACUUGGCACAUCUACAAGAGCUAUAUGAGAGCUGGUGGAAGCUGGCUCAAAACUUUCUGUAUUGCAUUGACAUUUAUCUUAGCGCAAGCCUUUGGCAGUAUCACUGACUAUUUCAUCACCAUUUGGGUAAACGUAGAACAGUUGAGAGAGAAACAGGAUACCACAAGGUCCUUGUCGAAGCGAACCUUAGACUUUGCAUCAACAAACAUUACGACAACUUUGAUUCCUUCAGUGAACAUUACAGAACCACUUGAAGCUCCCGAGAGUGAAUGGGACUCUUUACUCACCAAGAAUGUUUGUGUCACAAUCUACGCUUUCUUGAUCCUCUUCACAAUGAGCACCACUGUCACUAGAUCGAUUUCCUUCUUCAGAUACUGCAUGAAAGCCUCAACGCGAUUGCAUAACGCCAUGUUCGGCAAAAUCGUCUACUCCACCAUGAGGUUUUUCAACAUAAACCCUUCAGGAAGAAUUCUCAAUAGGUUCUCCAAAGAUGUUGGUGCUGUUGAUGAAACUCUUCCUAUCACCAUCACUGACACCAUUGCGAUUGGACUGAAUGUUUUCGCCACCGCUACGGUUAUUGGUACAGUAAAUCCAUGGGUGAUGGUACCAGCUGUGAUAAUUCUGAUAAUGUUCUACUUCUUGAGGAAAGCUUUCCUCUCUUCUAGUAGGAACAUCAAACGUGUAGAGGCAAUAACUCGUAGCCCGAUUUACACGCAUCUAAGUGCAUCUCUACAAGGCUUGACGACUAUAAGAGCCUUUGGAGCUGAAGAAAUUCUCACCCAGGAGUUUGACAACUACCAGGAUAGUUAUACCUCUGCGUAUUUCAUGUUCUUGACAGCCAAUAGAGCUUUCGGUUACUGGCUUGAUCUGCAUUGCGUUUUUCUCAUCGGUUUUGUUACUUUCAGUGUUUUGUUCAUCCAGAAUGAGUCUCUUGGUGGUAAUGUUGGUCUUUCUCUGACUCAAUCUAUCAACCUGACUGGGAUGUUCCAAUGGGGCAUGCGGCAGUGGUCCGAACUAGAGAAUCAAAUGACCUCAGUAGAACGAAUCCAAGAGUAUGCUGACAUCACUCCAGAAAUAGAUGUGAACACCAAGCCUCCUCCCAAAUUUUGGCCAGAACACGGAAAUUUAAAAUUCGAAAAUAUGUCUCUGAGGUACUCGGAAGACAUGCCUUACGUGCUGAAAGAGCUCUGCUUCGAGAUCAAGUCCAGGGAAAAGAUUGGGAUAGUGGGUAGGACGGGAGCUGGGAAGACCUCAUUGAUUCAAGCUCUAUUCCGAUUGGCUGAGAUAGAGGGGCACAUAUGGGUAGAUGGAGUCGAUACAAAAACGGUGUCGCUGGGGGUCUUGAGGUCGAAGAUUUCUAUUAUACCACAAGAGCCUGUACUGUUUUCUGGGACACUGAGGAAGAAUCUGGACCCUUUCGAUGAAUACCAGGAUGAGAUUUUGUGGAACGCUUUGGAAGAGGUAGAGCUGAAGAAUGCUGUGGGAGAAUUGCAAUCAGGUUUGGACAGUAAGAUGGCUGAAGGUGGAUCCAACUUUAGCGUCGGUCAAAGACAGCUGGUAUGCCUAGCUCGCGCUAUAAUACGCAACAACAAGAUCUUGGUGAUGGAUGAAGCCACUGCCAACGUCGAUCCACAUACUGACGCUCUUAUACAGAACACCAUAAGGCGUAAAUUCGCUAGUUGUACGGUGUUGACCAUAGCGCACAGACUGCAUACGAUCAUGGACUCCGAUAAGGUGUUGGUGAUGGAUGCUGGACGAGCUGUGGAGUUUGGGCAUCCCUUUUCGCUUUUGCAGAACAAACAGGGGACGUUCUAUGGGCUAGUGAAACAAACAGGGUCUGCGAUGGCUCAGAGCUUACAAGCUAUUGCAGAAGAGAGUUUUUCGAAGAAUAGAGAACAACUUCCAGAAUAGUGAUAUAUUUUUAUAAAGAUGUGUACAUUGCCGGUAUUUUUGAUAAAGGUCUUGAUAAGU